CGGCGGCGCGGGGCCAUGAGCCGGGCCGAGGCCCGCGUUCUCCUGGGGCAGCUGCGGAGCCGCGUCUCGCCCGCGGGGCCCGAGGGCGGCGGGCGGCGGGACUACCUGGUGGAGGCGGCGCGGCAGCUGCGGCUGGCGCUGGAGCGGGACGUCAGCGAGGACUACGAGGAGGCCUUCAACCACUACCAGAACGGCGUGGACGUGCUGCUCCGCGGCGUGCAGGUUGACCCCAACAAGGAGCGCCGGGAGGCUGUGAAGCGGAAGAUCACGCAGUACCUGAGGCGUGCGGAGGAGAUCUUCAACUGCCACCUCCAGCGGGCUGCGGGGGAUGGCAACCCCGCUGGCACGGGUUACAGCAGCCUGCGCUUCCGGCCCGUCAGGACGCUGAGCUCAGCAGUGGAGAACCUGAGAGGAUGUAAGGUUGUGGGAGUGAUCGAUAAGGUGCAGAUUGUCCAGGAUCCAGCCACUGGUGGGACCUUUAUACUCAAGAGCCUCCGCAAAUCCCAUGUUGAGACUCGUGAGCGACAGACCAUCAUCCCUCAUGGGGUCCCCUUUAUGGUCAAGCUGCUGUGCUACUACGUGAGUGAGGACUCCAUCUUCCUCCACCUGGAGCACGUGCAGGGGGAGACGCUGUGGUCUCACCUCCGCUCCAAGUACUGUGUCCAGCAGGGCUCUGCCUAUUCAAACACCAUUCAAGCCCUGAGAGACCAUGGCAGAGUUGACAGCGUGGGAAGCUCCCAGGACAGCAGCCAAGUCUCCAUCUUCUCUGCUCAGACAGGCAGUGGCCUCCCAGGCUGUGCAGCCCAUCAAGCGCUGGGAAGCACGGAUGCCUUGUCCCCUCAGGAGCAGUCCCCCAACCCCAGGGACCUCAGCCUGGGGAACCACUGCCAGCCUCACCUGGCUCCUGCUGUUGUCAUGAGGGCUGCACCUGGAGGGCAGGAUCUCAGUGUGACCCAGGCUGUGUCUGGUGUUAUCAACCAUGUUCCAGCAGCAUCAGCCAAAGGCCCUGGCCACCUUAGCAACCAGGGCCUUGUCAUCUACCCCUGGGACAGUCAAACCGGUGGCACGGGCUGUGGAUCGGGGAGCGCAGCUUCCCAACAAUAUCCAGGCCAAUGUGCCAGUGAAAAGCUUCUUCAGACACCUGGCCCUGUACCAAAGGCUGUGAGAGUGGGCCAGCCAGGGGCAGAGGAGCUGCCAUCUCAGCAAGUGUCUGAGGUCCCCUGGGCUCAGCAUCUCCUGACCUCCUUGGGUCAGAGGCAGCUCCAUGCAGGAUUUGCCCUGUCCAGCUCUGGCAAGGCUCAUGGGCCUGACCCAGCAGUACGGGACUCCUUGCGGGGAGAAAGCCUGACCUGUGGCCAGCUCAGAGAGCAGCCACUCUCAGGACAGUGCCAGUUUCUGGCUUCCCAUGGGCACAGCCGGAGAGCUUGGGCUGUGAAGGAGGAGCAGGUGCAGCUGUGGGCAGCAGAAAUCCUCCUGGCCUUAGAGGGACUUCACCAACAAGGUGUAUUGUGCCGGGACCUCAACCCCAGGAACCUGCUACUUGAUGCAGCUGGUCAUGUCCGUCUCACCUUCUUUGGCCAGUGGACAGAGAUAGAACCCCAGUGCUGCAGCCAGGCACAGGAAGAGCUGUACAGUGCCCCAGAAGUGGGGGGUAUCUUGGAGCCCACUGAAGCAGCUGACUGCUGGAGCUUUGGCUCUCUGUUGUACGAGUUGCUGACAGGAGUGCCACUGUCACAAAACCACCCUUCAGGGAUUCAACCUCAUACCCCAUUGCAUCUGCCAGAGGGGCUCAGCAUGGCCGCUAAGUCGCUGCUCACUGAGCUCCUACAGUACAACCCAAAGCAGCGUUUGGGCUCUGGAGAAAGUGGCAUGACGAAACUGAAGUCCCACUCCUUCUUCAGCACUAUCCCUUGGAACAAGCUGGUGGGCUAGGCAGGCUGUCCUUCCCACAGGGAGCUGGGCACACAGCCACUGUCCCUGGCACUGGUGACCCCGGGUAGCACUGGCAGCUCUGCCUGCUGAGGAGUGGGGAAAUUGCCGGUAAGGGCUGCCCUGGGGUGAAGUACACGUGAAGUUUUGCAGCCUUACAUGUUCUUUGUCUCUGCUUGUGUUUGUUGGCAUCUCUGAGAGAGGAGGCUGCAAUCUGGGCUGUCUUCUCUAGGUCCUCGCUGGUGGGAAGGGCAGCCCAAGUGCUUACCCAGAGGAGAGGCCACACUCCUCUUUUGGGGCAUCCCUACUUCAGCCUAGUACCAUGCCCUAGGGCUCCCACCCUAUGUUUUUUAUCUCUGCUGCAACCACAGUAGCACCCCCACCCCUCCCCCACCUCCCAUUAUUUCUUGUGGCUUCCAAGUGCAUCUCCUCCAGGCCCCGCUGGCUGGUGCCU